AUGGCUACCACCCGUACAGCACCCUCCGCGUCGCUGCUCCGCAGCCUGCGAACGGCAGUCGAAAGUCCACGGCCUCACCCUCCAGCAUGCUAUAGAAACCUACCACGCCGUACUGCCGCGACUUUUACACACCCACGGCACAGCGACGCUAUAUCUGUGCUUCCUACUCUGGUUGACAAGUCUAGUCCCGAAUUCAAGGAGAAUGCCUCGCAAAUGUCAAGCCUGCUGGAAAAAUAUGCCGCGUUACACGCAAAGAUUGCACAGGGGGGACCUCAGAAGUCGCGGGACAAGCACAUCCAGCGUGGGAAAAUGCUAGCACGCGACCGCGUUACGGCCCUGACAGACCCGGGCACGCCUUUCAUGGAGCUUUCGCCGCUCGCCGCCCAUGAAGUAUAUGGCGAGGACGUACCCGCCGCGAGCAUCAUCACUGGGAUCGGGACGGUGGAAGGCGUGACAUGCAUGAUCGUAGCCAACGACGCAACAGUCAAGGGCGGCACGUACUACCCUUUGACGGGCAAAAAACAUCUCAGGGCGCAAGAGAUUGCGGAGCAGAAUCGCCUGCCGUGCAUCUAUAUGGUAGAUUCCGGAGGUGUAAACCUCCCCUAUCAGGCGAAUAUCUUCCCGGACAGGGACAACUUUGGCCGAAUCUUCUACAACCAGGCCCGUAUGAGCGGCAUGGGGAUUCCACAGAUUGCGGUUGUCAUGGGUUCGUGCACAGCUGGUGGCGCGUACGUACCGGCCAUGUGUGAUGAAAGUAUCAUUGUCGAGGGCCAGGGGACCAUCUUCCUGGCAGGGCCACCGUUGGUGAAAGCGGCAACGGGUGAGGUGGUGUCUGCAGAGGAUCUAGGAGGUGGAAAGCUGCAUAGUUCCAUCUCAGGGGUGACGGACUAUUUGGCGGUAGACGAUGCGCAUGCCAUCGUGCUGGCAAGGAGGUCAAUUGCGAAUCUCAAUUACCCCAAGGAGCAGCCUGCGCCGUUCGAGGUGAAGGAACCCCUUCACGAUCCGUCAGAGCUGGCUGGAAUUGUGGGUACAAACCUCCGGAAGCAGAUCCCCAUGCGAGAGGUUAUCGCUAGGAUUGUGGACGGCAGCGAAUUCUCGGAAUUCAAGAAGGACUACGGCACAACCCUGCUGACCGGCUUCGCGAAGAUCAAGGGAUAUCCGAUUGGAAUCCUCGCCAACGACGGCAUCCUAUUUUCCGAGUCAUCGCUGAAAGGAGCCCAUUUCAUCGAACUGUGCUGCCAGCGGAACAUACCGCUCGUCUUCCUGCAAAACAUUAGUGGUUUCAUGGUUGGUGCGGAUGCCGAGAAGGGAGGUAUCGCGAAGAACGGAGCCAAACUUGUCACCGCUGUUGCAUGUGCGAAUGUACCCAAGUUCACCGUAGUCGUCGGCUCCAGUGCUGGGGCUGGCAACUAUGGUAUGUGCGGCCGUGCAUACUCACCGCGCUUCCUCUGGAUGUGGCCAAACUCAAAGAUUGGAGUCAUGGGAUCCGAGCAGUUAACAGCAGUCAUGGAGACUGUUGGCAAAGCCGCCGACCCCGAGCUCCGAGCUCGUAUCGACAAUGAGAGCGACCCUACUUUCGCGUCAGCAAGGAUAUGGGAUGACGGCGUCAUUCCUCCUUCGGAAACUCGAAAUAUGCUUGGACUUGGACUCAAGGCUGCUCUCGGAGGAGACAGCGAGCCGGUCAAGACACAGUUCGGUGUAUUCAGAAUGUAG